AUGACUCCUGUAGGCAAGACAGCCGCCCUGCUCCUGGCGUGCGCGGUCCUACUGGCUUGCGCGCCGUCGCACGCGGCCGCCGCCCGCCUGCUAGUCGUGCCCCUCAGCAGCGAGUCCCACAUCAGCGCGUUCACAGCGCUCAGCACGGAGCUGGAGACGAUUGGGGGCCAUGACAUCCACAUGGUCGUAUCCCAAGAGCUACUGGAGGCCUCCCGCGCGGCCGCCGCCGCCCGCAGCCCCGGCCACCGCCACGCCUACCUCACCUAUCCCCUGCGCUUCGACCUCUUCGCCGACGACAUGGCGCGGGUCGGCAAGGCCAACUUCAUCGCGGCCAUGUUUUACGGCUAUCGCAUCCUGGCGGGCCUCACGGAAUCAGUCAUAGGGGACGAGAAGCUGCUGGGUCAGAUCAGGGACCUCGCGCCGGACCUGAUCGUGGGGGACGCGGUCGGCGCCUACGGCCACUGGCUGGGCGGCAAGCUUGGGGUACCCAGCGUCGAGUUCGACGUGGGGACGAGCAGCGGCAUGCUGCACUCCGGGCUGUGGGGGGGCCAGCUCAACCCGGCGUACAUCCCGGGGCCGGGGACCUUCUACCCCAGCACGGGCAUGACAUUGCGCCAGCGCUGCGUCAACGCGGCCACCAUAGCCCUGACUAAGGCCAUCACCUACGCCCACACGAACUGGGGUCCCAUAGGCGGCCUCUCCCGCCGCCACGGCGUGGCGCGGCCCGGCACUGGCCCCUCCCGCCCGCUGCUGCUGCUGGUCAACUUUGACUGGGCGCUGGAGCCGCCGCGGCCCGUGGCGCCCAGCACGCACUUCAUCGGGCCCCUCAUGCCGCGCCCGCCCGCGCCGCUGCCCGAGGACAUCCAACAAUGGCUCGACGGCGCCGCCGGCGACGGCGGCGACGGCGCCGCUGCCGAGGCGGCUGUGACUGCAGCGCUGCCGGUGGUGUACCUUUCGUUUGGCUCGUCCUUCCUGGCGCCCGCGGACGUGAUGCCGUCCAUCGCCGCGCUGCUCGCCGCCUGCGCCGGCCGCGCGCGGCUGCUGCUGCGCAUGCGCCCGCAGGAGCGGGAGCUGCUUGAUGCGGCGCUGGCGGCGCGCGGCUUCUCGCCGGAUCCCCAGGGGUGGCUGGUGCGCGAGAGAUUCCCGCAGAACGACGUGCUGGGUCACCCGAAGGUGGCUGCCUUCGUCACCCAGGGUGGCUACUUGAGUGUCCAGGAGGCGGCCUACCACGGAGUCCCAAUAGUGGGCGUCCCCCUAACCCUGGGCCAGGGAGAGCUGGUGCAGCGCGCGCAGGACGAGGGCCGCGGCCUGGUGGUGCCCAAGGGCGCGCUCAUGAGCGGCGAAGUGGGGCGGCUGGCCGCGGCGGUGCUGCAGGUGGCGCCCUGGAACAGCAGCUUCCACGGGAAGGCGGCGCUGACGGCCGCGCGGUUGAAGGCGCACGCGGUCAGCCCCGGCCAGCGGGCAGCCGACCUGGUGGCAUACGCCUUAGCGGUCCCCCGGGGCAGCGGCAGCUUCCUGCACACCCAGGGCCAGGACAUGACGUGGUAUGAGGUGAUACUGCUGGACGUGAUCUUGGUCUACCUGGCAGCCCUGGCGGUGAUCUGGUUGGGCGCGCGGGCGGCGCUGAGAGCGCUCUUGCUGCCGCGCCGCGGCGGUAGCGGGGACGGUGGCAGAGGCGCUGGGCGAGCGGCGGCAGCCGCAGGCGAGGGGGGCCAGCAGGGCUCCCAUCGCAAGCACGAGUAG